AAAAACCUAAACCUAAAAAAUCUUUCUAUUUUUAUCAUAAACUUUCCAAAUUCUCAAAACUUUAAUCAAUUUUUUUUUAUCCUCUACUCCGACGAUCUUCGACCCAACCAAGAAGAAGAAUGGACAUCGGACACCUACCAGUCUACAAUCGCGAUUUAACCGUGGAUGAUAUCCUGAGGCAACCACAAAGAGUGCCAGUAAGGAGCCUAUACAAGUUUGCAUUCGGAGCUGAAACCCGUCUUGAACAAGCCCUCGCAUUGAUUGAUAAGCUUUCACUUGAAGAGCUUAUUGAGGUCAUCACCUUCGCCAGGAUGAGGAGAAACCUGAUUUCAUCUGGGAGGGAGCUCCAUGCAGAAAUGGAAGGUAUGUGGGAACUAAUGGCUGAAGCACAAGCUGCUGCUCCUGAUGGUGGUGAUGCUGGUGCUCCUGCUGAUGGUGGUGCUGCAAAUGCUCCCGGUGGUGCUGCUGUUGCUGAUGCUGGUGCUCCUGUUGUUUAAGUUUUAGAUAUUAAAAGUUUAGGUUUAUAAGACUUGUGGUUAUUUUAAGUUCUUAACACUCUUUUAAGGUUUUUAUUUUGGAUGAUAUCUGUGUCGAACUUGAUGAACUUGAAGCUUUAAUUAUAAUUAUGUGUUGCUAUAA